GAUGACGACGAUGAUGAUGGUGAUGAAGAAGAAGAAGAAGAAGAAGAAGACGAAGUAGAAUGUACAUCAUCAUCGAAUCCAAGUCAAACAUCAAGUGAUGAAGUGAAUGUUGCUCAUGAUACUAAUGAAACCAAAAAAGAAUGUCGAUUCUUUGUAUAAUUCAUGCUAUGCUAUAGUAUUAUUUAUUUAAAUCAUUUUAAACACAUGAUAAUGUUGAUUUCAUCUACUACUUAUUAUAUUUAUAGUAUUUCUAAACAAAGUUGAAAUGUAUUUGUAUAUGUUUUUAUCCAAAAUAAUGUGCGAAUGUUGUAUACUUUUUGUUUAAUUGAAGAUCUCAAUAUAAUGUAUAAUCAAAAUGGUGAAAUCUAAAUUUGCCAGAAAAAAAAACAAAAAUCAAAAUCUAAUUUUAUAUUUAUUUAUACAACUGAUAUUCUCUAUUCUGUUGCCUCACAAAAAAAUGUUGGCAUGAAAAUUCUGUCUUUGACACAGAGUUUUCAAUGUGUUAAAUUUAGUUUAGCUCAAGUCUUUAACAUAUACGUAUUAAACAGAUUCUCUCGGCAUCAAAUAUGAAGAAUAAAUUAUGCAAUAUAAAUGCCGAUAUUCGAAUAGCAAUUAUGAAUGAUAAUCUGGAACAACUUUUGCCAUUGAUGAAAAAAAUUUUCGAUUAUCAUUGUGAAAUGAAUCCAACAAUUCAAUCAUCAAAAUCAAUAUUUGAAAAUUUCCCAUUACUUGCAAAUGGUUCGACAAUUUUGGGUGACGCAAUAAUUCAUAAUCGAAUGAAAAUAGCAAAAUAUUUAAUUGUGAAUCAUAUUAAUUUGAAUACUCGAGAUAAAACAUCCAACGGUUAUGAAGAAUCACCAUUAAUUAUUGCUAUUCGACAACGAAAAUAUUCCAUAGCUAGUUUGAUACUUGAACAAACCGAAACCAAUGUCAAUGUGACCGAUUUGUUUUGUCGUCAACCAUUGAUGCUUGCAAUGGAACAUCGUAAUUCAAUACUAGUCGAUAAAAUUCUAUCACAUCCAUCGUUUCGUUUAAAUUCAUCAUAUAAUCCAUUAUCGGUUGCAUUUCGUUAUCAUAUUGAUUCGAAAUUAAUCAUCAAAAUGAUCAACAUUGGAUAUGUUUUUCCCGAAGAUCAGAAAGAGAAUAUUCUACUCCUGAAAUCUAUGGAUUCAAACAUAUUGUCCGUAGAUUUGACAUUCAUUUUGAAACAAUCUUUGUAUGGCAAUUAUAAUUAUAAUAAUCAACCAUUUCGAUUAAAACAAUUGUGUAGACAAAUAAUUAGGCAACAUUUUUUUCAACGUCAUUCCUAUCCAAUCAUUUUACAUAAUGUUGAUAAACAAUUCAGAAUGAAACUCCCUGAAUAUAUAAAACAUUUUAUCUGUGAUUUAUCUGUCUAUUAAAAUUUUAUUAUUAUUAUUAUUAUGUUCUCACAACAUGAAUGGACCAUCUAUCUGAUUGUUUAUUAAUUGUAUUCCAUAAUAAUUUGAAUGGA